AUGCCUCUCCUCUUCUUGCUGGUCCUGCUGCCGAGCCUCCUACGCUCCCAUCCCCUGUGCGAUGUCUCCAAAGUGAGCAGUCAGCUGGAGGUGAACUGUGACAACAGGAAGCUGAAAGCCCUACCUGCCGACCUGCCAACAGACACAAGCAUCCUCCAUCUGGGCAAGAACCACCUGGAUACCUUCUCCUUGGCAUUGGUGGGGCAUUUCACUCAGCUCACUGAGCUGUACCUAGAUCACAGUGAGCUGUCCACCCUGCAGACUGAUGGGACCACACUGCCACUGUUAAAGAAACUGGAUCUCUCUCACAAUAAGCUGCAAAGUCUCCCCACCCUGGGGCGUGUACUGCCUGCACUUACCAGCUUGGACGUCUCCUUCAACCAGCUCAAUUCCUUGUCUCCUGAUGUCCUGGAUGGCCUCAGCCAACUCCAACAUCUCUUCCUGCAGGAUAACAACCUGGAGUCCUUGUCCUCUGGCCUCCUGAUAUCCACAACCAGACUGGAAAAGCUCAAUCUGUCCAACAACAGACUCAAGGAGCUGCCUCUCGGGCUCCUGGAGAGGCUGGAGGAGCUUGACACCCUCUACCUUCAGGGGAACUGGCUCCGCACCAUACCCAAGGGCUUCUUUGGGAAUCUCGCCCUGCCUUUUGUUUUUCUCCAUAGCAACUCCUGGUUCUGUGACUGUGAGAUCCUCUAUUUCCGACGCUGGCUGCAGGACAAUGCCAACAAUGUCUACUUAUGGAAGGAGGGUGUGGACGUCAAGGCCAUGACCCCCAACGUGGCAAGUGUACGAUGUGCCAAUUUGGGCGGCACACCCAUCUAUACCUACCCAGGGAAGGACUGCCCUGUCCCCGGUGACGGGGAUGAUACGAUCUACGAUGACUAUGAGGAUGUCUCUAGGAGUGGCCCCAUCCAUGCCACCAGGACUGUGGUCAAGUUCUCUACCUACGCCAAGGCCCACACAACCCACUGGGGCCUCUACUCGGAGUCGACUGCUGCUCCAGACAGAACAAUGUUCUCUUUGCCUUCAACCCAAGAAUCCACCGAGAAACUGAGCACAUUCCCAGCUGGACGGCUGUCACAGUCCUCUGCCUUCCUGGUGACCAUGGGACCUACUGCCUUCUCCAAAAUUCUAGAACUUUCUACUGAAUCCACCACGACCCCAGAACCCACUACCACCGCAACCACCCCAGAGUCUACCAUCACCCCAAUCACCCAGGAGCCCACCACCACCCCGACCACCCCAGAGCCUACCACCACCCCGACACCCCCAGAGCCCACCACCACACCGAUCACCCUGGAGUCUACCACCACCCAGACCACCCCAGAGCCCACCACCCCAGAGCCCACCACCACCCCGACCCCCCCAGAGCCCACCACCACCCCGACCCCCCCAGAGCCCACCACCACCCCGACCCCCCCAGAGCCCACCACCACCCAGACCACCCUGGAGCCCACCACUACCACAACCACCCCAGAACCUACCUCAGUCCCAACUACCCCAGGUCCCACCACAACUCUGACCACUCCAAAACGAUCCUUUCCCACAGAACUUACUUCAUUCACUAAUGCUGCAGAGCCCAUCCACAUAAUCCACCUCCCAGAGCCCCGUUGGGUGGCAGCUCAAGGGAAUUAUGACAGCUCUAGGAAGGACCCUUUCCUCCCCGCUGAUGCCUGCUGCCUCCUCUCCAUGGUCUUCUACAUCCUGGGUCUCUUCUGGCUCUCACUUGCCUCUGUGGUCCUCAUCUGCCUGCUGACCUGGGUCUGGCAUGUGAAACCACAUGUUUUGGAUCCUGACCUGGCCCCAGCCACACAGAUUACACACGUGGAAAUACAGAGGGGCAGACAGGUGGCGGUGCCCAGAGCCUGGCUGCUCUUCCUUCAAGGGGCACUCCCUACUUUCCGUUCCAGCCUCUUCCUGUGGGUACGGCCAAAUGGCCGGAUAGGUCCUCUGGUACCAGGACGGCGGCCCUCGGCCCUGAGUCAGGGUCGUGGUGAGGAUCUGCUGGGCAGAGUGGGCAUUAGGUAUUCUGGUCAUAGUCUCUAA